AUGGGUAAACGGGACAGAGAAGAGCUGGUCGACGACAAGCGCCUCAAGAAGGAAAAGAAAGAGAAGAAGGAGAAGAAGGAGAAGCUGAAGGACAAGAAGGAAAAGAAGGAAAAGAAGGACAAGUCCGACAAGAAGGAUAAGAAAGACAAGAAAGACAAGAAGGAUAAGUCCGAAAAGAAGGACAAACAGGAUAAGUCGGAAAACAAGGACACCACACAUGACCUGACCAAUGUCACCGGCUACCACCAGCUGGAAGAGCUUUCCCAAGUGCCCCAGCUGGAAAUCGACGAAUUUAUGACCACCAACGAAGUCACCGUCGAAGACACCCUGAAGAGCUUGCGUCCUCUCCUCAAGUUCUCUCAGGUGUCGUUGCACCCUGAAGUGGCCAAAGUGCUCACUAAAUUUGACAAGCCCACGCCUAUUCAAGCCGUGGCCUGGCCCUACCUUCUCAGCGGUGAUGACGUCAUCGGGGUCGCCGAAACCGGGCUGGGGAAGACGUUUGCCUUCGGGGUGCCUGCCAUCAACAACAUCUUAACCUCCAAAACUCCUGGUUUGCUGAUGUUGGCGAUCUCUCCCACGCGGGAGUUGGCCAUGCAAAUUUACGACAACCUUGUCGACCUCACCCGAGCCACUGGCCUCGAGUGUGUGUGUGUCUACGGUGGGGUAUCCAAGGACGACCAGAUCCGCAAAUUGAAGCUGGCCAACGUGGUGGUGGCGACGCCCGGUCGCUUACUUGAUUUGAUCAAUGAUGGGGCCGUCCCCAUGGACCAAAUCAACUACCUUGUGUUGGAUGAAGCUGACCGCAUGCUUGAAAAGGGGUUUGAAGAAGACAUCAAGCUGAUCAUCGGCCACACCAAGCCCGAGGGUCGUCAAACGCUCAUGUUCACCGCCACCUGGCCCAAAGAGGUGAGAGAAUUGGCGUCGACGUUCAUGAAGAACCCCGUCAAGGUCAGCAUCGGCGACCGCGACGAGUUGAGUGCCAACAAGCGCAUCACUCAGAUUGUCGAGGUGAUUGACCCUCGCGACAAGGAACGUCGGUUCAACCAGCUUUUGAAGAAGUACGACAACGGUAAGGAUAAAAUUCUCGUGUUUGCGUUAUACAAAAAGGAAGCCACCCGGGUGGAAAACAAUAUGCGUCGGUCCAACUAUAACGUCGCUGCCAUCCACGGGGAUUUGAGUCAGCAACAACGGACGCUGGCGCUCGACGCGUUCAAAAAGGGGAAGCUGAACAUCUUAUUGGCCACCGACGUCGCUGCCCGAGGCCUCGACAUCCCCAACGUGAAGGUGGUGAUCAACUUGACCUUCCCGUUGACGGUGGAGGACUACGUGCACCGGAUCGGGCGUACGGGUCGGGCGGGGCAGACCGGGAUUGCCCACACGUUAUUCACCGACCAUGAGAAGCACCUUAGCGGGGCGUUGGUGAACAUUUUGCGCGGGGCCAACCAGCCGGUGCCCGACGAGUUGCUCAAGUUUGGUGGCCACACCAAGAAGAAGGCGCACUCGGCUUACGGGGCGUUCUUUAAGGAUGUCGACAUGACCAAGACCGCGAAGAAGAUUAAAUUUGAUUAG